AUGUCUAAAUUUGCUGAGCCGAGAGUUCCUUUCUAUCGAAAGUCGAAUUCUACCAAGCUCUUUACAUCAAUCUGCUUUGUGAUCAGCUUGGUAGCAUAUGUCAUCUACAAGGGGGGUAAGGUAUUCUUUACAAGAUUUUUCUCUGUACCUCCAUAUAAGUAUGAGGAGAGUAUUAAAGCGGCAUAUGAAGGAAAUGGACUUAUUCCUGAAUCUAAGGUGGGCAUUAAGACUGCUAGUUACAGAAGACGGUUGAUUCUUGCCUCUGUUAAACCUCAGCAGUACUCGACUGUGCCGUUGAAUACGAGGGAUGGAACUGAUUGUUCAGAUCGAAUCUAUCGGCAAAUUCGUAUUGCCAAAAUUGACAAGGAGCAAAAUCCCGAUUUUCUAGAGCUUGUAAAGCCAAUUGAACCCAGUUAUCCAUCCCGUAAAGUUCUUUAUGGCUUCUUUCAUCCCUACAGUUAUGCCGGUGGUGGUGGAGAACGUGUCUUGUGGCAAGCUGUCUAUAUUACAUUGAAGCAGAGCCCUCGCAAUGUUGCUCUUAUCUACACAUUUACUGAAAGCAACGAUCGUUCCGUGUCCACUUUACUUACCGAUGUCCAUCGAACUUUUGGCCUUGACUUUUUUGAGAAGGAUAUUCAAAACAGAGUAGUAUUUCUGCAGUUACCCAACAAGUAUCGGUGGAUUGUCGAUGGACGAUCUUUCAAGUUUUUGACUAUGGCAUUUCAAGCACUCGGUUCUUUUAUUCUCUUCUUCAUUGCUAUGAACCAAUGUGCUCCAGAUAUCUUUAUUGACACUUUAGGACUACCAUUUUCCUACAUUCCAGCAGGCCUGUUUAUGCAGAUUCCAAUCUGUGCUUAUGUUCACUAUCCAUGGGUGUCGGAUGAUAUGUUAAAUAAGAUCUCAUCUAAGAUUAGAAAAAACCCGCUUUACGUCUUGAAAUACAGCUAUUGGUAUGUGUUGAUGAGACUGUAUUCGAUAUGUGGUUCGUUCCUUACAGUCUCUGCAUGCAAUUCGAGCUGGACUUUGAACAAUUUAUUGAAGGUUUGGACUUGGGCCGAUGAAAGAACUAGCCCUACUAUUAUCUAUCCUCCUACUGGAAUAGAGGAAUCUAACAUUCAUGUUGACGUGAAAGCAGAGCGAAAGAAAAUGUUUCUUUACGUUGCCCAAUUUAGACCUGAAAAGAGGCAUGACCUUCUUAUUAGACAGUAUAAUGAAUACUUGCAUGUCAGCAAGAGUUCCAAGAAGUACAGAUUAGUUCUUGCUGGUACCACAAGGUCGGUUGAAGAUGAAAAGAUGGUUGGACACCUUGAGCAAUUGGUUGCCGAGCUUGAAAUUCCAGAAGAAUUGGUGAGCUUUGACGUCAACGCACCAAGAAAACAGAUCGACCAAUAUUUAAGUGAAGCCGAAUUUGGCCUCAACACCAUGUGGAAUGAGCAUUUUGGUAUAACGGUUGUUGAAUAUAUGCUCUAUGGUACUAUACCCAUAGUCCAUGCAAGUGCGGGUCCUUUGUUGGAUAUUGUGGUACCAAUUCACCCUGAUACUAAAGUUUUACUAACGAAGGCCGAAAGAGAAGGCACCGAGAAGGUGGAUGAAUCAUGUCAAUCGGGAUUAUUUUUCAAAGAUUCUUCUGACCCUGACUACGGCUCGUCUCCAGUGAAGUACUCAACCUUAAGUGCUGUUCUCGAAAAGGCUUCGAGCCUUACCGUGGCGCAGAAACUCUCUUACAGACAAAAUGCAAUGCUGGUCGCUGACAAGAAGUUUGGAAGCCAUGUAUUUGAGAAUGACUGGGUAAAGCUUUUAGCUAUUCUUGGUAAUUCUGAAUUACACACAAGGGAGCACAGAGACAAAGUGGAAAGGUUAUAUUAA